GACGUGAGGGGCAGACGGAAAAUCCCGAGGACGAAGUCCCGGCGAUUCGAUCACGCCCUCCCUCGCUCGCCUUGCUUUGGGCGAUGGCGCAGGAAGAAAAGAAGAAGAAGAAGAAGCAGAGUGAUUGAUUGAGAAGGCGCAGGAAUUCCACAGGAGCUUCAUCGACGGUGGAAAUCGAGGGAAGCGCGGGCUCGAAUUUAUGGAAGGCGGGCGCGAGUGAGUUGUGCAGCAGAAUGUUGCCGCGAUCCCGGACGUCGCUCGCGUACAGCACGAGGGAGAGGGAGGAGGUCGACGCUGCGUGCCCGGCUCAGCCUGAGGGACAGACGCCGCUUGUGGCCGCAGCAAUUCUGGCAAGGCACACUUGAACUUGAACUAGCUCGCUCGAUUCUCUGCCCUUGUUUCCUCCAUCGUCGCUCUCCUCUCCUCUCCUGGCUUCCCCUUCAGAUGCACGUCUAGUCGGUCGACUGCUGCGCUGGAGAGCUUCAGUGUCUGUCGGCUUUAGCGUGGCAGCAGCUCUCGUUGAAUUCUGUGUCCAUCUUUCUUCGCUGUUGAGAAUUCGAAUCGACGCAUGGAGUAGUGUCACCAUAGCACGAGGCGGUCUGGGCUUCCAAUCGCCAUCAUCGGAGAGAGGGAUGCAGCUGCAGGGAGUGGAUGGAGUAGUUUAGAGACGAGAAUUGAAGAGGCAGGCAGGUCCGGAGAAUGGCCGAGCACGCAGCAGCAGCAGCCUCUGUGGGUGGUCGUGGUGGUGGUGGUGGAGUGACAGUGCUGGUUCUAGCGCGGAGGGAUGAGAGACGACGGGACGCAUGAGGCUGUGGAUCGAUUGUUGUGGUGGUAGCUAGCUGGAGUGUGUCCGGUGCAUUUUUCCCGUACCAGCGAUGGAGAUUGGGAGUUCAGGAGAGCUUGAGCUUCUCCGGGGAUGCAUGAAUAUGGGGGAUGAAACUGUCUAACGAGGACGGAGUGGCGUUGACAGUUGCAGGACGAAUUUCUGUCGAGGCAGGAACGCGUCCGUGCGUCGUCCGUCGUCCCACAGCACUGCGACGGUAUAAUGCAACACGCGACCCGGAUUGGUGUCGGCUGUAGCGUUCUCAGCGUCAGAAGAAUCGAAGAGAAGUUUCCGGGGCGUGGAAGUGGAAUAGGACAGAUCGGAUCGUUAAUGCGGAGAGACUUAUGGCAGCGAGUGGCGUCCACUUCUGCAAUUGUGCGGAAAAAAUCGUCGAGAAAAACAUCGGCGACUCGCCCGAAAAGGCUUGGGAUUGGGUCAUCCUCUCGGGAACCCUGCUUGCCAUCCUUCCGUUCCUGGUAGCGAAUGCAGUAAUCAUCGUGCAUCGGAAGCGCCGCUACUUUCAAGCGUCGGGAUGGGAGCUGAUUCUCGGCAGCUCGGUCGCGGGCCUCAUCUGGAUUGCUUCGGCUCUGGUGGUCAACCAGCACUUCAACCGCGACAGAAUCGCCUUCUUCGGCUACUGCGCUCUGUGGACCUUCUGGUUUCAGGUCACGCUGGGAAUGUGCGGAUGGCUGGCCUUCGUCUCGCUGCGGCUCCAUUUCAUCUACAUCGUGGUCUGCACUCGAAGAAAGCCCAACCCCUGGACCAUCUGGGGCGUGUACCUGCCUUUGAUGCUGGCCCCGGGCAUCGUCUUCUCCAUCGUGGCCACCGUCGAGCUCGUCAGUAAGCAUCCGUGUGUGCCCAUCGGGUUCAUCGAGGGGACAGAGUUGUGCACGCAGUGCAUGCAGAGGUGCAUAGUAAGCAGCACAGCGUGGAGAUUCAUCACUUUUUUGGUGCUGCCUCCGGUUUACUUCUCCUUCAUCAUCUUCACUCUCAUCAGAGUGCGGAAGCAAACGGAUUUUCUGCUGCGCACUCAAUGUCAGCAGACGACGGAGAGUGCGAUGAUGGCAUUCGUCCUCUACCUCCUGACGGGAACCACUUAUUGGACCAACAGACAGAACUACGUGGAAGGUCGCUGCUUCUUGACCUUCUGCGUGUGCAGUCUGGUGUUCAUCCGAUUCUGGGUGCACACGGGCUGGCCCGUCUACUUGUGCUUGUUCCGCAGGGGAGACGCCAUGGAUAAGUACGAGGAAGAGCUGAGAAGGCACGGAGCCGUGUGCCUGAAAAGGGCCCAUUACAUAUCCGCGACGGGUUGUGACAUGAGCAGUGAGGCUGAGGUGAUGUCGGAGUCCUUCACGUUUGACGGUCAAGAAGCCAUCGUUUCGGCAAUCGCUGAAAUUCAAGCGGAGACUCACGAUUUGAAGUUAAAGAGGGACUCGCUUCAUCGUCGUAUCAAUCAGUUGAAGGCACAGAUGGAGGAGUUCAAAAAACCUCCCGCUGUACCUUACUCCCAAAGUUUUGUCACCGGUAGAGAGAUUGAAAAGGGCCUUCCAGACACGGCCGUUCAACUCGUCACUCGUCAUUUAAGCCUGGAGCUUCGUCCACAUUCGACAUGGUCACCAGGAAGUCACAUGUAAAUUCAUCUGUGUGCAGUUGAAACUCAUGCUGGUUAUAAAUCGCAUUUGUAUAGAAUACUAAAUUUGAGUGUUCGAUUGGCACCCUGUGUACUCUUUGAGGUCUAUGGCCUUCGGAACUCAAAUGGGCUCGAUAAUUCUUUCUACUUGUACCUAUUGACAGAUCCUCUAUCGGUACACUCCCAGGUGAGAAAAUUCCAGAGUGGUGACCAUGAUGAGGACCGUGGUUCCUUGUCAAACAGGUCCUUGAUCUUCUGUGCAGGUAGUCGCUGAUUUUAGGUGAGCAGUGUUUCUGCUACCCUACUUGACGCCUUCCAUAUCCCUCUCUGUCUCUAUCAGCCACGAGCUUAUGCUCUCCAUUUACCCGUCCUGCCUAUGUGCAGAAACUCAUGCUAGUUUUAAUACAGGACGACGCUUGCAUACACAUAUCAGUGUUCCCGUUUCGCUUCGAUAAAUUCGCGCUGCCUGUGGAAAUGAUCGGUUUCGUGUUCUUGUUCUCGAGUGUCGUUUGAGCAAAACUAUGAAGAUUUACAGCAGCCGACCGCUAUGUUCCUAAAACUUUGUCAGCUCAUAAUGAAAGGUCCG